AUGACUGCCAUGACAGACGCAGACCCAGUGGACGCGAGGCCCCACACGCCUUUGUGGACCUUGAAGGCAUGUCAGCUGCUUGGAUCAGCUGCGUGGGCAUGUUUCGGCCGAUUUAUCAAUGUCUUUUGGUCGGACAUUGGUGUCACACGCACGGAGGUUGGUAUCUUGAGCUUGUCCAACUUGGUGGCAGCCUUCAUAGGUCAACUCUUUUGGUCUAUGGUCACCGAUAGAUUGGGAGAGUACAAACGAGUCUUGGUGGGCACGUCCCUUGCAGGGACGGUGAUCAUCUUCUUUAACAUGGUCCCUGCAGUCCAGAGCAGCUUUUGGUUGUUGGCAGCUGUUUCUGUGAGCUCUUCCUUUUUUCUCUCCACAGGCGGUCCAAUCAUCGAUGCAAUGUGCGUCUCAGUCUUGAAAGAGCAGGAGAGUGAGGAGCAAUAUGGCGACCAACGUCUGUGGUGUGCUGUGGGUUGGGGUGGCAUGAGCCUCAUAGCAGGUCAAUUGAUCGACACCUUUGGCAUUUCCUUCAUGUUUUGGGGAUUCGCUUCAAUCCAGUCGAUGUAUUUGAGCGUGUGCUUGUUUUACAUGCCCAUGGCAAAAGACCGCGGCCAGCAGAAUGAACAGACAGUGAGUCUGAAGCAGUUCUUGACCUUUGAUGUGGCUUGGUUCUUUGCCAAUCUCUUUGUGUACGGCCUGGCAAUGUCGGUGGUCGAGAAUUUCUUGCUGGUUUUCCUGAAUGAGGACUUUGACAACACUCCAAAGCUGCUCCUGGGAGCAAGCACCGCCAUGAUGUGCUUCUUUGAAGUUCCAGUCUUCAAGUAUGUGGAGAAGGUUUGGGCCAACAACAAAGAUAGACUUACAUCUGUCCUCAUGGCAUGCAAAGUUGUUUUGGCUUUUCGUUGCAUUUGCUACACUCUGCUUCCAGCUAGCAAUCCGUGGCUGGUACUUUUAAUCGAACCCUUGCAUGGCUUCACAUUUGCUGCGAUGUGGUCUGCCACCGUGGAGUAUGGCCAACGAAUAGCUCCUCCUGGCUGCGUUGCUCGAAUGCAGGCCUUGGUGAACGGUCUCUACAGUGGGGUGGCUAUGGGCCUUGGCACUGCCAUGUGGGGUCCUUUGGUGAUGCAACCGCCAAAAGGCUCGGGCUUUUGGAAUUGCUUUCGACUCGAUGCUGCAGCCAUUGUAAUUUGGGGCAUCAUUUGGCAGAUGGGUCUGAUGAUCAGACGCCGAAGCAAGGCAGCCAGAAGUGCUGCCAUGAUCACCGCUGAACAGCCUUUAGCUGAGAUUACCCCCAGCGCGUAG